UCGUGACGAAAGUGACCACAAUUGACGAUAAAUCGGCCUUGCCAUCAAACAUCAUGCUUCUGUUCUCCAAUCUUUAAUCUCUCAGUGAUUGCACGUUCAAUGGAGAAUCAUGGUGUCUAAAGCCAGGGUAAUAUUGCUGGGAGCAACUGUGAGCAUAGCGUACAUUUCAUGGGGACUUCUUUUAUCGCUCCAACCCGCAUUCUACCCAAUUGAAGCGGAAUCCAAGGGUGCCACUCCCUCGCAAUAUGGAUUGGUCUUUGGCAUUGUCAGUUUGGCUGCGUUCAUUUUUUCGCCCAUCUACGCGCAUUUUGGGGCCAAGAUUGGCCCCAAGCUUCUUUAUAAUGUGGGUGGGUUCGUCCAAGGCAUCUCUGGAGUGGCUUUUGGUAGUUUGGAAUACAUCAACGACACAUGGACCUUUAUUGGGCUUUCGUACUUCCUCAGGUUCAUAGAUGGCGUGGCCAAUGCUGCUUGUGCCGCCACAAUUGUCAGUAUUCUCAUGACUCUAAUCCCGGGCUCAGAGUCCUCAAUCACAGCCUGGACGGAAAUGUGUUUGGGCUUAGGAUACAUGAUUGGACCAGUUCUGGGCUCACUUUUAUAUGAGUCUGGUGGUUUUGGCCUUCCAUUCUACAUAGUUGGUGGUAUAAUCAUUGUUUUGGCCUUUGCUCUCCUUCUCAUUGUACCGAAGGUACAACCUGGAACGGUUGUCAAAAGUCAUGAGUCCGUGGAUGACAGUAAACCCUCCUUGACCCUGACAAAUGUGGCUACAUCUUUCAGUUUAACGUUGCCCUUUGUGGACAAUUUUGCGUUACUGUGUGGCAACGGAAUGAUCGAAUCUUUGCUUCAACCCCACAUGAGGAAGUCUAAGGCCCAAGCCACUCAAUUUGACGUUAGCAUGGCCUUUCUCAUCAUGUCGGCAUUCUAUAUUGUGACCACUCCCGUAGCUGGAUAUGUCUGCGACCGGAUCAAGUCUCCCAUCUUGUUCUCCAUUGCCGGGAACUUUAGCAUGAUGAUCGGAUUUCUCUUCAUUGGACCAGUCCCUUUUCUAGCCCCAUUGUCGCCUUCCGUUCCACUGAUCUUGGGAAUAAUGCCCUUCUUUGGUUUGGGGUACGGAUUCGUCUUGGUGUCGUCCUUCUCCAGAGCUUACAAGGAAUCCGUCCAACAAGGAUAUCGCAAUGACGUUAACACCUAUUUGGUCCUCACAGGCCUCUGGAAUGCGUCUUUUCACUUGGGGAACUUCGUUGGACCCACUGUGGCUGGGUUCAUAGUGGAUGCAAUCGGAUUUGCCCAGACCAGUCAAAUUUCUGUGGUAAUAUUCCUGAUUAUGGCUCUUGGAGACUCCAUUCAAUACUACUUCAAAGUCAGGCGACCCAAAAAACAGACCGAUUACGAAAACUUAUCAUAAAGACUGUCAGGCAUGAAAUAUGACCAAUAUGAUAUGUGUUUUGCAGAUGUUCAUGUUCAAUGCUGUGCGCAACUUAAAGCACAACAAAUGCCUGUUUUGUGAGGAUCCAGUUCACAAGGAUAUCAAAGAGUGCAAGACAGUAGCCUUUUUUCUCAGGAUUGCCAAGUGGCAACUACCACACAAUAAAGG